UUUACAGAAAUUCAUAGAAAUCAUUUUCAAAGGAACAUGUCCAUUCCUAAUUGACUGAUUUGUCUUAACUUUUAUUUGUGUAAUUAUUAUUUUUGUAAGCCAUGAAUUCGUCUCAAAGCCAAUCGCAAAUGUCCGCAGAGGGCUCGGCUCAAGAUGUUCGAAUCCUGUGCUUGCAAAAUCUGAUCGAGAAGAAUAUUGAGAUAGAGCAACAAAUUGAAAACAAGACUUUUGAUCAAUCCAUUGCGGCAAUCGAGGAAAUCAUUCGGACAGCGAACGAUAUUAACAAGGGACACGAGGACCGCCGUACAAACUCGACUGAGCUUGUUCUCGACACGGAGUUAUUGCGACGCAAUCACGAAGUUGUGGGCAAAGCUAUACAGUACAACACUAAUUUUACGGACAGAAUGGUGAUCACGGCGAUCAAUGAACUGGUUUUCAAAGAACACGAAGAGGAUUGGGACGCGGUCUGCGCUCUGGCCAUUCAAUUCGGGAGACCGCUCUUCACGAACGAUAGUAUGCUUCCCUUCAUCGAUGUUGCUCCAAAGGAGGUGGUUCCCAAGCAGCGGGCUCAACGCAAACAGAAAUCUCAAGUGGAGGAAAAGCGUCCACAGAAAAGUGAUAAAUUGGACCGCAAGGACGAAGGAGCAGCCUCCGUUAGCCAUAUGCUAAAACAAAUCAGGCAAAUAUAUCGAGAGGGAGGUCAUCAGCCGAUUCCGUAUUUCAAAUUGAUUUGCAAUCCAAAUAACUUUAUGGACACCGUUCAGAAUGCCUUGCAACUUUCGUUUCUUGUCAAAGAGAACUAUAUUUCCAUUGAAAAUGGCGAUGAUGGUUUGCCUUUGGUCCACGUUGUGAGUUCAAAAAGUGCGGAGGGAAACCAGUCCGCUCAAGCUAUUUGCUCGAUCGAUGUUGCCUUUUGUGAGAAAAUGGCCAAGCACUACAAUCUACGUGAGCCAAUGUUGAAAAGACUUCAAGUUAAUGACUAACUUUCAUAUAUCAUUUAAUUUCUCAAAAUAGUUUGUAAUGUUAUUAAUAAAACCAAAAGAUUAUCGUUGAAAAA